AUACUUUUGACAUCAUUUUUUGACAUUUUUUAAAGAGUAAAAAUUUAAAAACCUAAUGUCUACUAUCAAGUGCUGAUCGUUUUGUUGCGAAUUUUGCUUGCAGCGAAUUAUCCAAGUGCGAAUUGCCUUACAAGUGCAUUAUACAAGGUGAGUUUUUUUUCUCAUUUUCACUAUGGGGAUCUCGUAGUGCUGAUUAAUUUUCCCAUUCAAAGCUUAUUAUAGCUGUAUAAACAGAUAUGACCAAAAACACCGAAAAAUGUCAUUUUUGACAUUGCGCUGGCGUUCUUUUGUUUUCAAAGAUAUAUGACAAAUUGUAAGAAACCAUUAGGAAUUUUUCUCAGCAUUCUGAUGGUGCUAAAUUAAGAUUUUUAUGAUUUGUGGGUUUCGAUAAAUCACAACUGUCUCACUCAGUAUUUCAUUUGGGAAUCAGACUUGAAUUCUUGCUUGAAGUUUAUAAUGUGCUUCUAAUGGUUUGUUAAUAUUAUUUUCUUUGAAAAUAAAUGAACGCCAGCGCAUUCUUAAAUGACAUCGAUUUUUUGGUUACAACUUUACCAUUUGUAAAGCUAUACAGAAACUUUGGAGGAGAAAAUUAAUCAACGUAAAAUUCUGAAUAACUUUACCCAUUUAAUGGACUUUCUGUAUCUUACGGUUUACGAGAUCCUCAUAGUGAAAAUGAAGAAUCCCGAAUCCCGGUAUUUCGGGAUCCCGGUAUUGCAUUCCCUAGUUAAAGGAUGUUUGGCCCUAAAUAACCUGUUUGGGCAUUGCUAGGCACACACUAAUUUAAGCCUAAAAUGAAGGAACCCAUAAAUGCGGAACAAGUUGUAGAAAAUUUGCAAUACAACAAAAUAUUUGCAAACAUUUUUCACUUUAACCGUUUUUUGCAAGUUGUACAUAAUGCAUAAUCGAACUUGAAUAUCUACUAACCAAUGAUGACUUCAAAGCAGCACCAAGUCAUGAUAACCUCUAUCACGAAUUGACUUACUUCCAAAAUCUACUUUGCACUACUUCGUAAAACAAUUAAUACAUGCACGAAAUUUGCAAUUGAUUUGCAUAUUAUUAAAUCUAGGUGAGAAAUUUGGUAGUACCAGUAUACUGCAUGUCCACAAUGCAUAUUUUUUUUGUUAUAGAGGCAGUUAGUUUGGGGAAUUAAUUCAAGUUUAAUUACUUAUAAGAUUUUGUUCAUUUCUUUUCUGCAUCAAUUACACAUCUUAGUUUUUCAUGCAGAGAUCAUCUAAAUUUGUUCAACGUAUAGAAACCCGGUAUACCCAAGGCAUUGCUAAUCACACACUAAACACUACGUGAUUAAACUUCGAAUUAUAGCGGCAUUGUUUGAUCGCCAACAAUAAAUUCUCAAAGAUGAUUGAAAUUACUUUCAGAAAGCAUUUUUUAAAGUCAGUGUCAAGUUCGACCCUCGCCGCGUAAAAAUGUCGCCUAGAAAUAAAAUUAAGUUGUUAAUUUAUCUUUCAAUAUACUUCUGCGUUUCACUUAGCGCAGUAAAUUGUGAAUUGAAUGAAACUCGUGCGGAGACAGAUUUUGGAAGUGAGUUACUUGAAGAAGGAAGAACACUGGCCCACAACACGCUAAAACGUUUAUCCUUCAUCGCACCUGCAAUCUUUUUCAAACUGGGCAUCGCUUUCACACUGCUUCUCGUUGUCGCUUUAGUAGCUGCAAACAAUGGGUUUAUCGGUUUCCUAAUUUUGGUUGUUGGACUGAGUACCGUCCUUUCAAGGUUUCAAACAAGACCGACCCCGAUAGUACAAUCCUUACCGGCACCGGUCGCGGCAUUACCACUCUCAUAUCCAGCUGCACCCCAAUUUGCUCAUCAUCACCACCACAACGCUUGGUUUGACAGAAGCGACAAUAUCGACACCCUUGAAAAGGCAAGCAAGACAGUGAAUGGAUAUUAUGGAUUACAGCAAGAUAACUACUAUGACAGUGGCGAUUUGAGAGAUACAGGAGUGCUGUACAAAACGAAACUGAAUGUUGCGCCGUAUACUACUAUCAAAUAAGUUUACAACUUUA